AUGGCUCGCAUUGCCGUCGAGAUUGAAGGCGACAAUCCUCCAAGUCCCAGCUUUCUUCCUAACCCCCCACGCUUCAACGUCGAAUUACCACACACAUCGUGCUUCACCGAAGACAAAAAUGGUAGCCUCACGAGACAGUUUUUCACAACCCCAGAUGAACUCUCAAAUCACUUGAAGUGCGCCUUACCGCAUCAAAAGGAGAGGAGACUGUAUGUUUUGGAAGGCUUACCAAUUGAAUAUGUACAAGUUUUAGGGUCACACUUCAACAUAGAUGUGGAUAUUUUUGAUUCGCAUGCGAUGAGAAAGAGUGGGCAAUUGAAUAAGCUGAAAUUUUCAAGGAGACCAGAGGAUGAGAAGAAAGUUCGGACUUUUGCUCUAGACCAUGUUGAGAUUACGGCAAACAUUACCCCGCUGCCCGAAGCCAACGAAGGAGUUGUGGGUGAUUUCAUGCUACCGUGUCAAACGAUCGGGAUCUCCAAUGAAGGUUGGAAUGGAAUAAGUGUAAAACUAUGUCACGUGACUUUAGUGUGCUUUCCUGAAGAAGAUGGGAGUGAAACUUAUCAAACUUUCUUUCAAUGCAGAAUAUAUACUGAUGGCAGUUAUGUAAAGUACUAUUGCUUCUCGAAAAUCAGCCCUGGGCAAGAUGAGGCGCACAAUUUCAGACUUAUUCUUGCAAAUGCCCUCAAGAGUCUUCCGGAAGGAAUGCAAACAUGGAAACCAUCCCGGAAACAUGACCCUACUUUGACUCUAGCAGACGAUAUUUUCAACUCUAUAGAAUUGCCAGGUAGCAUCCUGGUUUGGGAUGACCUUACAGAGAUACUUGCUGAUAUCGUACUCAGACAAUGGAAAUUUGCCUUGAGCGAGGUAAUUGAACAUGCGUGUGCAUCUAGAUCAAUUCCCUAUCACGAGAUACAUCAAGUGUGUGAUCUAAUAGAGUCUAAUAUUUGGACUUUGGAUCGUGCUGAGGAUUCCCGGAGCCCUCGUUAUGUCGUUAGGGUGGAAGGAUUUAAAAGACUUUUGGAGAAAGCAAAGCGUUAUGCAGAAUUAUUUACCGAAACUGAGAGUGGGAGCGAAAAUGGGGAUGACGAUGAUACCACUUCCACGGCUUCUUCCAAGUCGGGAGUGCAUAUCCGUGGAGGAGAAGCCUUGGAUCUAGAAACCCGCCAAAGCAUCAACAGAGUGACCUAUCUUGGCGGGGUAUUGCUCCCGUUCUCCAUAAUUGCGGCAAUAUUUUCGAUGGGUGGGAAUUUUCAGCCGGGUGGAGAUCAGUUCUUCAUAUUUUGGGUCAUUGCUAUUCCAGUAUGUAUGCUUACCACAGUUUUAAUUUAUGCGGAUAGUAUUCGGCGAAUGACCUUGGAGCAAUUUGCUCAACAGUACGGGUCUGCUGCAGUGACGGCAGAAGCUGAUGAUAUGGUUGUGUCAUCAAUUUCUGGCAGUGAGAUCAUUUCAUACAAAGCAGGGAUCAAAGAACCUCUCAGGUCGCGUAUCACUGAUAUUUGGAAUCCACGCAGAGCUGCUUCUUCCUCCAGUGUUGGCUAUACAGAUAGCGACAGCGAUAGCGAUAGCGAUAGCGAUGAUGGUUCAUCCUCUACAGGCAGUGCUCGUCUGCCUCCAGGUCUAUCCAUAGAUGGCGAUGAUGGUUCAUCCUCUACAGGCAGUGCUCGUCUGCCUCCAGGUCUAUCCAUAGAUGGCGAUUUAUUAGUUCGCAGGAAAGAGAAAAAGGUGCCAAGAUUACGCAAACCUCUGGAUCGAAAAUCAGAUCCAGAGAACGUCCUAUCAUAUCCUAAACAUUCAAACCACCAUGUAUCUUCACCUUCUGCACCUCCUCCACCUCCCCCAACUUCUCCCCCUUCUAGAUCUCAUUCUAUUUCAUCUUCACCGAAGAUUACACCGGUGAAACCCAUGCCUGUUGGAAAUAAUCCUCCGGGGUCUCUUGCUUCCGAUCACUCUCCAAUCGCCGGACCAGCCCCGCCAAAAACACCCCCAACUAGUGUUCCGCUGCCCGAUCCCGAUCAAAUUUUUCCUGAACCAAUAGUCCCUGAGCUAAGCUGGGGAUCUCCUUCAAAGAAAGUCAAAAAAGUCAAAAAGGGCAAAAAGGGCAAAAAGGGCAAACGCAAUACAACAGGUAUAAUUGAUGACUUCGAUGUCCCAGCCCAUUCGCAUCCAGCCAAUUCUCCAGCACAUCCAUCUACACCAGACUCUGCAGGGAUACCACUACCUCCAUUGGAGUCAGAUUCAGAUGUCUGGCGAGAGCAAGACAGUUUUGAGGGGAGACGCCCUGAACGAUCUCCAUCCCCAGGUCAUGCAGACUCGGACUAUGCCACAGAUCGUGAACGUCGUUCUUUGGAAAGACGCAUGAGAGAAAAUGACGACUGGGAGCUGACUAGAAGGAGAAGCAGAAAACAUCCAGGCAGUGGAGAUGUUUACGAGCGCAAUGUUAAGCGAGAGUACAUUUUACAUCGCCGGCGCCGAUCCGAGCAUUCUGUAACGUCUGAGGAGAGAAAACAUGUAAUUGAAAGAACGAAUGAAAACCUUGUUGAAGAGCAGAAAGGGAAACUUGCAACAGAUAACAUCGUAAAGAAUGAUGAUGAUGUUCCGGAAGACAGAGGAAGACAACGAAGACGGUCUACAAUACGAUGGGCCCGUCAUGGAAAUUAUUAUGAUUAUCCAAGGCGGACGACCCCCAGCACUGAUCCUACUCACAUACCGUUGCCCCCAUCACCAGAAGAAUUGUCAGAGGAGGAAAGUAUUAGAACGAAACUAGAGAGAGAGAGAAACUAG